AGGAAAGUAACUUUGUUGUUAUUGUUUUGUCUGACUUUUGUAAACUCCUACGUUAGUACGCUUAUUAUAAAAUGGGUCUAAAAGGCUGCGAGGUGCAACUGGACAAUCCAUGGAAUACAUACUAUGCUGGGCAAACAAUAAAUGGACAAGCUAACUUUACUUUCGAUUCGCCAAAGAAAGUUCGAGGCAUUAUCAUACGUUUCUUGGGCGAGGCUAACACGGAGUGGACGGAGGAGCGCAACGUAACGACAAGCGAGGGUAAGACUGAGAACGAGAUUACAAAUCUGAAGGGACAUGAGGAAUACUUUAAGAUCCAGUACUAUUUACUUGGUGGAAAGAACAGUUCGGAAACUGAGCUUCCACCUGGCACUCACACGUACCCAUUCACGUGUGCCUUGCCGCCCACUUUACCUUCAUCAUUUGAGGGCGAGUUCGGGCAUGUGCGCUAUACAAUUAAAGUAACAUUAGAUCGGCCUUGGAAGUUCGAUCAGGAUAUGAAAAUGGCUUUUACGGUUAUUGCGCCUGUUGACUUGAAUCUCAAUCCACGUGUUAAAGAACCAUCCAAGCUCGAGUUGGAAAAAGCUUUUUGUUGUUUUUGCUGCCGUUCUGGGCCGCUAGCUGUCAUAACAAGACUACCUCAGACUGGUUAUGUGUCGGGACAAACGUUGCCCAUAACUUGUGAGGUGGACAACUCCAGUAAUGUGAAUCUAACGGCUGUCAAGUUCGAGUUGAGAAAACUUGUUACUUUUCAUACGAAUCAACCCCGUAGUGAAAAGCGCGAGACCAAAGUAAUUAUUGCCCAGCUCAGCGUUGGGCCUGUAAACGGCGGAGACUCUCACACAUAUACACAACAAAUGGAGAUACCAGCACUGCCACCAACCAAUCUGCUCAAUUGUGGCAUAAUAGCAUUAGAUUAUGAUUUGCAUGUAGAGUGCGAUGUCAGCGGACCGCACAGAAAUUUAACCGGCAAAAUACCAAUUACAUUGGGCACCAUUCCAUUGGCGUCGCUGAGACCACAGGCAGAAGAUCCUUCAUUAGCACCUACACAGCCUGUAAGUCCAGCAAGCGCAUCCGGAGAUGCUAACUUGGGCGGGGCUCUUGGAUGGAAUGUGGCUGAUAGUGCUGGUGGUGCACUUUAUCCCAAUAUACCUCCACCGCAGUUUGUAGAAACUGAAUAUCGAGGUGCUAUUGCCGGCAAAGAUGAUAAUGAGCACACACAAAUUAUUGGAGACAACACCUUUGCACCGCGCUAUCCAACAUUUCAGUUUAACAACGCUACGGCCCCGCCAAAAAGCCCUUAAAUUCAUGUUUUAAAUAUACACAAUUUGAAAAGUAUUUCAAAGUGUAAGUUCAUUCAUUUAUCUCUAUUUGCGGUUUUUUAAUUUCGCAUUUAUCUCUAAGCUUUCCGUCCAGUUGAAAGCAAACAUGUUAUUACGCACAAAAAGCAAUGUUAGUCAAUUUUGUAAUCUCAAUUAAACUCAAUAAACGAUUAUAUAUUUUUCUCAAAG